AUGCUGAAAACCAGAACUUGUGAAUCUGAAUUUUUAUACGCGAACUUUUACUUUUUUAUUCUGUAUCAAAACGUCAAAGGAUCUGAGAAAGAUCUUUGCUUUCCUCUCUCUUUCUGUCAAUUUGAGCACCAAGUCUGCGCUUGUAAGAUGAUAUCUUUGAUGCACCUGGAAAAAAAAUGACUUGUAACUUCUGAAUGAUUUUGGCUAAGCGAGUAAAGCAUUCUCGCAAGUGCGACGAAAAUCUUGGCACCUGGAAGUGCCUUCGCAACGAACAGCUUAUUUUCACAACCAACUUCUGUGGACCGCUGAGUUUCGAUGUCGAUCGUAAAAAAACUUUUCAUUGCCCUCAUUGUGCAG